AUGCGGUUCUCUUCUGUGUUUUUGUCAUGCAGCUUGGCUUUCGUGGCUGCUGCCCACCCCGGCCCCCAUGCUGAGCCAUUGGAAGCUGAAAUGGCGCACAAGGCAAAGCUCUCCGCCCGCUGUGCGCAGCAUGUCGCUCAGUUUAACGCAAAACGUUGGAAAAGGGACCUCGGCGCGCCUGGAAACACCACUGUCCAGAUUCAUACGCAGGCCCCCUUUUACGAGAUUUUGCAGAAUGACACUUGCGUUCUCACCCCUGAGGUCACUGCAGGCCCCUACUACUGGCCACGGUCUCAGACCCUUCGGCAGGAUAUGACCGAAGAUCAGGUUGGAGUGCCUCUGUGGCUAGAUAUUGGAGUUAUGGAUAUGGCCACCUGCGCUCCUUUAGAGGGUGUGAUGGUUGACUUCUGGCACUGCAAUGCGACGGGAAGCUACUCUAGUUUCACCGAGUUGUCUGCCAAUACCAAGUUUUCUCAAGUUCUUGCCGAAGAGGGCAAGAACAUCUCGGACUUUGUUGUGGGCAGCACGGACAUUCAUACCGACUCCGAAACUUGGCUUCGGGGCAUGUGGCCAACUGACAAACAUGGAAUGAUGCAGAUGAAGACUAUCUUUCCAGGUAAAAGAAAAACCCCCAUGUCACGCGAUCUCAGACAAGAGAAGUUCUUUCAAGCUAACAUGUCGAUAUCGGUAGGUUUCUACAUUGAGAGGGCAAUCCAUAUCCACGUUCAAGUUCACACCGACUGGACUACUCGCGAAAACGGAACCCUGGUCUUCGAGAACACCGUCAGCACCGGACAAUUGUACUUCGACGAAAAGUUGGAAGAGAAGAUUAUGGCAUUGGAGCCUUAUGCCUCCCAUACUCAAAUUAACCGCACCCGCAAUGAUGUGGAUAUGGAGUUUUCCAAGGGUACUAAGAAUGGGUACAACCCAAUUGUCUCCGUUGUGCCUCUCGAUGAGCAUGACCUUUCGAAGGGAUUGAUUGGAUACAUCACAAUUGGAGUGGAUACCUCGGCUGUUGAGGAUGAACAUUGGUCUGCAUCUUAA